AUGUCCGGGUACGACUACGAUGCUCCGCGGCGCUCCACGCGGCGCGAGUACGUUCGCGAGGAGCGCUACGAUGACAGAGAUCCUCGAUACUUUGAUGCUACUGAGAUGAGGGGCCACUCAGGCCGUGAGGUUGUGCCCCGUGGCCGAGAGGACAGCGAUUUGUCUAUCGAGGAGAUACGGCGCGACUUUCCCAUGCCCGGCCAUGGUCAGUCGUACCGCGAUGCUAGGAGGGCCAGGUCCGCAGAACCCGGUUGGGACGACUAUGAUGACCGCCGUUCGUACUACUCGCGCGACCCCCGCGACAGGGACUAUGAUCGGUAUGACCGUGAUUAUGACCGUCGUUCAAGAAAGGAAGGAAGCGUGUACUACGAAGAGGAGAAGGAGAAGCGCCGUGCGCGCACCAUGUCCAAGCAAGAGAAGAUAAUCGCCGCCAUAGCUGGCGCUGCUAUCGCUGUCGGUGGCAAGGAGCUAUACGACCGCCACGAGGGUAAAGAAAAUGGAGGAGAGGUCAACCGAAACCCAGCCAUGUCUGCUGCCCUUGGUGCUGCCGGCGCACUUGCUGCAUACCAGGGUGCCGAAUUUUACAACAAGCAUGCCGAGAAGGAAGACAAGAAGUCCACCAUGAUUGCAUACAAAGGCCGCGACGGCCAAAUGGUCAAGUACUACGAGGAGGAAGAGGACGACCCCAAGAAGAAGGAAGGUCACAAGAACUUCCUUGAGAGCGCCCUAGCCGCUGCCGGUCUUGGCGGCGCCGUCAAGGCCCUGACCGGCGGUGGAGGAGAUGACAAGGACAAAGAAAAGGACCGUGACCGGGAUGGCAGAUCCGAAACACGCAGUCGCGCAGGCAGCAGGCCCCGGGGAAGCCGUUCAAGGUCUCGUUCCAAGUCACCCGAGAAGAAGAACAAGAUCCAGCAGGCUGCCAUGGCUUCACUCAUCGCAGGCGCCACAGAAGCCUUCCGCGUUGCGAAAGAACCCGGUGGUUGGAAAGGAGAGAAGGCGAAGCGUGUUUUUACUGCCGCCGCUGGUGCCGCUACGAUUGAUGCUGCUCAGAACCCAGACAAGAAUCAGAAACUGAGUCUUGCAGAGUCGGUCAUUGGUGGUCUUGUUGGAAACCGGGUUAUUCACGGCUCAAAGAAGAACAUUGAAGAAGAUAAGGCAACCGGUCGCUCUCGCUCUCGAUCGAGGGCAGCGCGAGACUCCAGCAAAGAUGGCGGUGGCGGCAGCGGCGGUGUAACCGGCCUUGCUGCCCUGGCCACGGCCGGUCUAGGUGCCCUGGGAGCGAAGAAGAUCAUGGACAGCCGAAAGGAUGAUGACGAGGAUGGAAGAUCGCGCUCACGCUCUCGUCGUCCCCGCAGUCGCUCCUCUAGCCGUGGUGGUUCCCGCUCCCAGUCUCGCAAGGGUGUUCGUGCCCGCAGUCGAAGUGUCGUUGAUGGUGCUCGCCGUCGGCUUGCUAGGAUUGGUAUCGGCAACGGACCCGAAGAUGACAAGCGUAGCGAUGUAGGGUCGCCACGGGGAUCGUCUCGCGGCGAUGGCCGGAGGAGACGCUACUCGGAUGAGUACGACGAUGAUCGCGAUCGGCGACGGUACAGCCGAUCACGAUCACGCGGUGGAGGAAGUCGAAGAAACGAUGGAGCAUCGGACACGGACUUGGGUGACUCUGACGACGAUUUGAAGGAGACUAAGAGGAAAAGAGGUAAGCAAAUACUCACUAUUGGCCUGGCUAGCGUGGCGACCAUCCACGCAGCCCACAAUGUCUAUCAGAGCAUGGAGAAACGCAAUGCACGGCAAGCGGCAGUUAAGGAUGGACGUCUUUCCCCGGAGGAGGCCAAAAAGCUCAAGACUAGGGCACUUCUGCAAGAUGCGGCCUCAAUCGGCGUUGCUGCCCUGGGCGUUAAAGGCGCCAUUUCAGAAGUCAAGGAAGCCCACGAGAAGAGUAAAGAGCUUCAGGAGUGGAAGCAUGAAAGACAACUUCGCCAUGAGCGCCGUAUGUCACGCCUAGCUAGACAACGCGCCAUUCUCGAUCGAGAACAUCAGGAAGAUCUGGAUCGCGACUAUGAGGGAGGGAGGGCAAGGAGCCGAGCGAGGAGCAGGGCGAGGACUGACGAAGACGACUGGGCCCUCGCCGCUGCUCGUCGCGGUAGCCGUGACGGGCGCUAUGAGUAUGACGAUGGUCCACGAUAUAUCGAUGGCAAUCCAUACGCUAGUAAUUCUUUGCCAGCACCUCCUGUUGGUUACGAUUACGACGAUGAAGACCGCAGGAGGCGUUGA